GGCGUAAUUUUCGGUAUAUAAAGUUUAGCGGCUGCAAACUUCUCUAAUAAUAGUUCUCAGCUGUAGCGAGGCAUCCUCAAAAACCGGCUCCUCCUCUCCGACUGCUAUUUCAAAAGUCGCAAUCAUGAACUUCUUUCAAUUCCUCAUGAAGAAGAAAGAACUUAUUCCUUUGAUCGCAUUUGUAAGUAUUGCUGGAAGUGGAGCAGCCUAUAUGGCCACGUACUCCUUUUUCAAAAGUGAUGUGAUUGUUAACAGAUGGCAAAAUCCAGAACCUUGGGAAAAUGUGAAUCCUAGCAAGCCUCAAAAGCUUGUCACAAUUAACCAAAGAUGGGAACCUGUUGAAGAGCUGCAGGCUAUCAAAAAGUUGACCAAAUGAAGAGUUUCCUUCUAAAUCACACACUGAAUCUAAUGGAAACAUUUCUGCACAAACUAGACUAUUGAAACCAGUGUGCAAAAUUGCUUCUGCUACAUUUUUAGGAAUACAUAGGAAAUUUCCAUUUUGCCCCAAAAGUGGCAAGCUUGGCAAUAUCUGUAGUCGGUCCAAAAAAAUUCUCAUAUUUGCUGUAUUGGAAAGGUGACAAUCUAAAAUGCUGCUCUACAAUUUGAAUUUUCAUAUUCUAAAUAAGAACUUUUUGAAAUGUAAAGAUUAUUACAUACAUUCUUAUAGAGCUAUUCUUAACUUUAUUUUGGGGAUCUUUGAUUUUGUUGGGGUGUGUACAGACAUACUUUAGAGAUUGGUUCAGAAGUUCCAGACCACUGCAAUAAAAGCAAAUAUCUCAAAGCAAGUCACAUAAAUUUUUUUAGUUUUUUCAGUGUGUGCAAAUUUUUUUUUAAGAUGACCAUAACGGCUAUAAUAAUGAAAAAAGUUUGAAAUAAUGCUAAAAUUACUAUGACACAGGCACCUUCCCAGCUUCUAGAUGACAUUGCC